AUGGAGCUUGAUACUGGUGCAGCUGUUACUAUAUGUUCAGAAAGAGAAUAUAGACAAUAUUUUCCAGACGCUCAAUUAGAUGAAACGUCAGUUACCUUAAAAACUUAUACAGGACAGAAAAUAAAACCUUUUGUUAAAAUGGAUGUCACAGUAGAAGUAAAUGAUAGUGAAGGUGAAACAUUUAGAUGUCAAUCUUACAACCGACUUAUAUUUGGUAUAGCAUCAGCCCCAGCUAUUUGGCAAAGGUCAAAAGAACAAGUAUUGCAAGGAAUACCAAUGACUGAAUGUUUACUUGAGGAUAUGAUUAAAUCUGGUCGAAAACAUCAAUAA